CGAGUGGAGCGGGAGAGGAAAGUUCGAGAGCGAGUGGUGGGCAGAUCGGAAGGUUGUGCCGCCGGCGAGGAGCUCGCCGGAAGUUGUUGUAGCCGGAGGUUUCUCCGGCGAGGUUCGUGGGUUUGAGAACGCCUUGUUCGGAGAGCCUUAUCAAGAUUUGGGUCAGGGAGACUGAGGCUUAAUUAAUUGAAUUUUGUCAAUCGGGCAUGAUGCGAGAGUUAAAAUUGGCUGACAAUUUGGGAGAAGUACAGUACUGAGCUUUGAAUUUGGUGGUUCUAAUUUGUGAUUAGGCUUAGGGUGGGAAAAAUCAGGCAUUGCUAAGUUGAGGAUUUCAUCAGAAAUGAUUGGGCGUGUUGAAGCCUCUUCAUAAUGAGGUGAUAUUAAAAAUUUGCACUUAAACAUAUGCGAUUUAUCUAGCACACGUGUGACCCAUGCUCGGAGCAUUGCGCCUUAAGACGAGCAUUGAGCGAAUCUGAAGUAAAACUAUCACAUGAGAACGCUCUCAUCCUAAUUUUGACAAGGAUGGCCGAAAUCAAAUCAGCAUCGAGGAGAUGGGAGGACAUGGAAACCGAUGUCCUCGUCAAGAUAUUCAAGGAGUUGAACAUGAUCGAACUUGCUCCGGUUGCUCUCGUCUGCCAUGCGUGGCGUUCGGCCUGUUCGGAUCCACUACUUUGGAACACACUUGACCUCGGUCUCCUGAAAUCCAACUUCAUACAGACAAGGGCUUCGCCGUUCAUUUGGGUGGACGACAGGUCGGAUAGGAAAUUAAUGAAAGCCUUGAGGAUUGCGAUGUCGCUCAGCCGAGGAGCCGUGUCGUGCUUAAUUUUCCAUUUCAAUCUUUACAUGAAGGAUGAGCAUCUUGGUUACAUAGCUGAAAGAUGCCCCAAUCUAAAGAGACUGGUAAUGCCCGCCUGGAACCGCAUCACAAAGGACGGCAUCCGGCACGCCGUCCGCAUGUGGGAGCGCCUCGAAUCCCUAACAAUGCCGAGCAUCGCGCAUCCCUCCUACAUCAUGGAGGAGAUCCGCCGCAGCUGCAAGAACUUCUCCCAUCUCAAAAUAAUGGGCACCUUCGACGUCGACUUCGCUUUCUCCAUCGCCACCAACCUCCCCAACCUCCGCGUCCUCAGCCUCCGCUGCUCCAUCCUCAUCCGCGAAGCCCUACUCUUCAUCCUCGACUGCAUGGACCACCUCGAAACCCUCAACAUCUCCCACUGCCUCCUCCUCGACACCCCCACCACCACCACCACCACCACCUCCUCCUCCUCCUCCUCCUCCGCCGCCGUCGUCGGAAAGAAGAGAGUCUUCCGGGAGCUCGACGGGAGCAUUCGCGGCAAGGCGGCGAGGUUGCGGGAGUUCUUUCACUGCCAGAGCGGGUCGUGCGUGGCCUGCGAGAGGAUGAGCAGGGAUGAAGGGCUGAUGAGGUGGUACAAGUAUGAGGACUGGUUCUGGCGAGAGGAUGAGGUGAGUUCUCUUGCGUUGGGGGAUUACGGGAAGUUGUUUGAUGAGGGUUGCCUUGAUCUUGGAUUUCGAAAUUAGGGUUUGUGUCCAUGCGUUUUAAGGUAGAUGUUGGUUGCAGAAUAAUUAGGUAGUUGUUGGAGGUGAAACCGGCUUGAGUUGGUAUGAUGAUGUUUUG